AUGGCUCCCUCGCGGGUUGAGAUAGACCCGAUCACAGGGUAUUUCAACAACAUCGACUCAAUCAGAGCAUCAGAGUAUCCUCAAUUGACGGAUCUCACAUACCUGGAUCAUUCCGGUACUACUUUGUAUGCGAAAUCUCUUAUUGAGGCAUUCUCGAAAGACCUCACGACCAAUUUGUUCGGCAAUCCACAUUCAGCCUCUGGAUCCUCUCAGCUCUCGACUCAGCGGGUAGACGAUGCGCGUCUCGAGGUGCUCCGCUUCUUGAAAGCCGAUCCGGAUGUCUUCGACGUAGUCUUCACCGCAAAUGCUACAACGGCAAUCAAGAUUGUGGCAGAUGCCUUCAGAGAACAGCCUGGAGGUUUCCAAUAUGGCUACCAUGUCGACUCCCAUACCAGUCUGAUCGGCGUAAGGGAGCUCUCUCCGCGAGCCGAGUGUCUGACAAGCCACGAUGCGGUCGAGUCAUGGUUGAAGCAAGGUUCAAGUGAGGUUGUCCAGCAACCUCAACUACUGGCAUAUCCUGGUCAGUCAAACAUGACCGGACGCAGAUAUGGCUUUAGAUGGGCAGAGAUGUCCAACGAACUGCGCAGUACAGGACAGCAAUGCUAUACGCUAUUUGACGCGGCAGCACUUGCCUCUACUGCGCCGAUCGACCUAUCAAACCCGCAAAUCGCCCCGAGCUUCACAGCUUUGAGCUUCUACAAGAUCUUCGGCUUCCCGGAUCUCGGCGCGCUGAUCGUGAAGAAAGACGCCGGCCGAAUCCUGACCCAACGUCGCUAUUUCGGAGGUGGCACGGUCGAGGCUGUCGCGGUGUCCGGGAAGACCUGGCACGAGGUCAGAGAUACUUCGAUACAUGCACAGCUCGAAGAUGGCACGCUACCUUUUCACAAUAUCAUCGCACUGCAGCAUGCAUUACGACUUCACCGUACGCUCUACAAGAGCAUGACUGACAUCUCCCGCCACUGCGAACAUCUUGCAAACAUGCUGCGAAAGCAGCUCACGGAGAUGCGGCAUGGAGUCGGUCGCCCAGUAUGCCAGAUGUAUGGCAUGGAGCGAGAAGCUGGCGAAGAUGCCGGUCCUGUCGUCUCUUUCAAUCUGCUCGAUAGACACGGCGAAUACGUCAGCAACGCAGAAGUUGAAAAGCUGGCUAUCGUGAAGAAGAUCCACUUGAGGACAGGCGGACUCUGCAACCCCGGCGGCACAGUGACUGCUCUAGGUCUCACACCCAAUGACUUGCGCCGCAACUAUCAGGCCGGAUACCGCUGCGGAGGACUCGGCGAUAUCAUCAACGGGAAGCCUCCGGGACAAUCAGACCUGAAGGACGUCGAAACCUUCAUCGCCUUCAUCCGCGAAUACUAUUGCGACACUUCGCCACACAGCCCUCCGUGCAAUCCCACACCCAAACCAAAGAAGCACACCUUCACAAUAGAGAGCCUCACAAUCUUCCCAAUCAAAAGCUGCGCCGCCUUCCCCAUCCCCUCCUAUGCCAACUGGCAAGUUGGGGCCCGCGGCCUUCUCCACGACCGUGAGUGGUGUCUCGUGCAUCUGGGCACCCACCAAGCACUCAGCCAGAAGAAGUAUCCCAAGAUGGCCUUAUUGCGACCGACCAUAGAUCUACACCAGCAGACCCUUACAAUCACCCACAACCUGAACGGUCAGAGUCGACCACAAGCACUGACUAUAGCUCUAGGUGAUAACAGCAACUUGCUGUCCAUUGAUUCCACAAUCUGCACACGCAAGCCUACCUCCGUCUGUGGCGAACCCGUCUCGAUCGAGCACUACACCGCCCCGCACAUCACCGAGUUCUUCAGCUCCGCUCUCAACGUUCCUUGCACGCUCGCCCGCUUCCCACACUCCGGCGUGCUGCGGAAACCACAGAUACGGGGAUUGCCUGAUGUCAAUACAGAUCGUGCGAUCGCUCUCGCCAACGAAUCACCCAUUCUGCUCGUCUCCCGCUCGAGUGUGAAUCGAUUGAACGAGGACAUCAAAGCCCGAAUUGCCUCAUCCACAAUCAAGCCCGGGAAAGCCGUCCCUGCGGAGGCUUUCCGUGGCAACAUCGUCAUUGCCGAAACGCUAGUCCGCGGACAGAAGGAACAUCCGUACGCAGAGGACGACUGGACUACCAUCUCCAUCUUCAACGACGCGUCCUCUACUGGUGAAAAUGGUGACAAGACACAAUUCGACGUCCUCGGCCCCUGCCAGCGCUGUCAAAUGGUAUGCAUAGACCAGACUGACGCGACGAGGCGGCAGGAGCCGUUCAGCACGUUGGCGAAGACGAGGAGAAGGGAAGGAAAAGUUUGGUUUGGUGCGCAUUUGGCUCUUGUGGGCGGUAGGGGAGGUGACGAACUGGACGGAGGGGGAGAAAAGGGGUGGGUGAAGGUUGGAGAUCGGGUCGAGUGCUAUUCUUGA